AUGGUAGAAUUGUACAGUGAUAUCAAAGGAGCCUCGAUCUCGACAUGUCAUCUUGGCGGAAACGACAGCCGAGGACCUCGCGGGUUGUUCCGGAGGACUGCACAACAACAGCGAUUCGUUGACUCGUCGUCUUCAAUUGUUGAGGAAGACGGGGAUUUCACCGCGUCUUCGCGUUUCGUAAUUUUUAGUAGCCAAUCCAUUAGGAAUUAUUCUUACCUAACGGUGAAUGUAUGA